GGGCUGCUGCUAGGGGCUCCCGGAACCAUCGCAUCCCUGCCCGGGGGGUGUCAGCGCUCGGCGCCCGCGGAGUGUGGCCAGCGCUCCCGGUGCUGUAGUUGUUGGGGUCCGCGCCGGGAGACUCCAACAAUGUCCCAUUUCAACAAAGCCGAGCAAGAUGACUGGAUGACUGUUUAUCUGAAGUAUCUCUUGUUUGUGUUUAAUUUCUUCUUCUGGGUGGGUGGUGCUGCAGUGAUGGCUGUUGGCAUAUGGACCCUUGUUGAAAAAAGCGACUAUCUGAAUAUCCUGGCAUCUAGUACAUUUGCCGUGUCUGCAUACAUCCUGAUCUUUGCUGGAGGUCUUGUGAUGAUUACAGGUUUUCUGGGAUUCUGUGCAAUCAUCAGGGAACAAAGGAGCUGUCUUUCCGCAUAUUUCUCCAUGCUCCUCUUGAUCUUCCUUAUUGAGCUGGUUGCUGGAGUUCUUGCCUAUGUUUACUAUCAAAGGCUAAGCGAGGAGCUGAAACAGCAUCUGACCCAGACCCUGACUGAGAAUUAUGCUGUUCCUGGGAAAACACACAUCACCCAUUCUAUCGAUCGCCUGCAGCAAGACUUCAAAUGCUGUGGCAGCAAUAGCUCCGCUGAUUGGCAGCACAGUGUCUAUAUCCUGUCUGUAGAGUCCAGUGGCCGAGUGGUACCAGAUAGCUGCUGUAAAACAGUCACCUUCAAAUGUGGGAAGAGGGAUCAUCCAUCUAACAUUUACAAGGUGGAGGGAGGAUGCAUUACUAAACUGGAACAGUUCCUGGCAGAUCACCUUUUGAUAAUGGGAGCUGUUGGCAUAGGAGUAGCUUGCCUUCAGCUGCUUGGUGCAGGCCUGACCGCCUAUUUUAACUAUGUUCUCUAUAAGGAAGAGGAAGAAGAUGCGUAUUCUGUAAUGUGACUGGUUAGCCUUCUUUACCCCUACUAUGAGCUGUGGGAUGAUUUUUACCUGCUGUCUACACAGAAGAAUUAAAAUGGACUCUUACUGAAGACUAAAAGUCUCCGCUCUCUUUGCCUUAAUGCACAAUCUAGAGAAGCAACAUUUCAACGUGUAUCAGUAUUACCUGUGCAUGCUUAAUGGGCAUAUUUAUAGCCUCCUUCUCUGUUCAUGUUGAUAUGCCUUAAAUCGAGAUGAAUUUUAGCAAGUUCACUGCCUGGAACACUUUCCAAUCCAAUCCUUGAAAUAAUUCUUAACUGAGAAGAGAAAAAAAUAUUUUCUAUUGUUUUUUGGUACAAGAUUUUUUUUAAAAAAAAAAGCGUUACUACUCUUAUGCAGUAUGAUUUGUAAGGACAUUCUUUUGUAGCUCCACAAUCUGUAUUGUUCAGUGACAGUGCAUCCGCUGCGUAUUCAUCCCAGAUUUUCUUAGUUUAACAGAAAUAUCUUCAUGACUAUAGGAUAUUUUAACUUGAGCAACUAGCUUUAUUUUUUUAAACGAAGGGAUUUUUUAUAUUUCAGAACUAUGUCAACUUUUUGCUGUUUCGUAUUUUUUUUCAAUCUGUGUCUGUCUCCCUCUCCCUCGAGGUCCAGUUGAGGCUGCACGGCAGUCACAGCACCUUUUGUGUCAGACAGGGAGUAACAGACUGGCCCUACUGCCAGAGCUGCACCAGGAAUAGCCCAGCAGAGGGCACUAUAUGAGUAGACUGGAUGCAUUUCAACUAGAUUUGAUUUAGAACAGUGGUUCUCAAACUGUGGGUCAGGACCCCAGAGUGGGUCAUGACCUCGUUUUAAUGGGGUCGCCAGGCCUGGCCUAGACUUUCUGGGGCUUGGGGCCAAAGCCUGAGGUGGGGCCGAAGCCUGGGUGAUGCGGCUCAGGUUACAGGCCCCCUGCCUGGGGCUGAAGCCCUUGGGAUUUGUCUCUGGCCCUCCCGCCUGAGGUGGUGGGGCUUGGGCUCAGGCUUCGGCCCCACCACCUGGGGUCAUGUAGUAAUUUUUAUCAUCAGAAGGGGGUCAUGGUGCAAUGAAGUUUGAAAACCCCUGAUUUAGAAGUAUGUUCCAUUAUAAUUUAGGGCCUCUGGGAAGAUUGUGAGUAGGAGGCAACAGUGGGAGAGUAUCCGCUUUUGCAUUGCUCUUGUUGCUGUUCCAUAUUUGUCUGAAGUGCCUCCGUUAGGACUUUUAGCUUUACUGCUUUAUUGCAGACUACCAGCACAAACCUAACUGAUAAAAGAGGAGAUUUUGUCCCCAGCUUAGGGAUCCUGAUUCAGAGGAGAAAAAUCUCUUUUUAAAAAGGAUUUUGAAAUGCUACACUACAUCAUUCAACUGGUUUCUGUCAUCAGAAUAAGAUGCAUUAUAUCAACUCCACUUAGGUAUAAGGGUUAUUUUGCUAAUAAGCCCUACAGUUACUAAGAACAAAUAAAAAGAAAUAGCAUUAAAAACAAAUCUGAAUUGCUGUCACUUUGCUGUGAUUGCUAAAUUGCUCAGAAACCACUUUGACGAGCACAGGAUGGAUAAAUGAUUAAAUAGGUGGAAUGGGUGCCUAGAUGGAACAGAUGGCUAGACAGAAUGGAUAGAUGGAUGGCGAGAUAGAAUGGAUGGCUAGAGGUGUAAUAAAUUUUCUUUCCGAUUCUCUCUUUCAGGACAGUGAAAUUCUUUCAGUAACAAAUGAUUCUGCUGCCACAUAGUUAGUUCUUGAUUACGCAGUUGCAAAAUAGAAGGAAAUCCCCACUUCUUUAUAUGAAUGUAAAUGAUGUAGUGUAGGCAUAGCCUAGGGUUACCAUAUUUUGAGCUUCCAAAAGGAUGACACUCCACGGGGCCCCAGCCCCGCCCCCAACUCCGCCCCUUCCCCAAAGUCCCCGCCCCAACUCUGCCCCCUCCCCUGCUUCCCGCGAACAUUUGAUUCGUGGGAAGCCUGAAGCAGGUAAGGGGGGUGUGGGGGGAGGAGGCACAGCCCAGGCUGGCCCCCGCGGCGUCUCCAGCCUGGGUCGGCUCGGGCCCUGGGGUGCCGGCCCCGGGCCCGGCCCCCGGCCGAGCACCCCCGGCCCGCCCAGCACUGCCGGUCCCCGGCCGGGCCCCCGGCCGAGCACCCCUGGCCCGCUCAGCACCCCCCGGCGCUCGGCACUGCCGACCACCGGCCCGGCACCCCCGGCCCCCGGCACCGCUGACCACCAGCUCUCGGCACCCCCAGCCCCGCCGACCACCAGCCCCCGGCACCCCCGACCGCCGGCA